UCAACUUUGAACAUAAAAAACGUAUAUCCUAGUCGCUAGCUGCAUUUCAACUAAUUGUUACAUUUGCAGGUACUUUGCAACCCUGCAAAGGGAACUUGAACCAUAUGAUUGUGUUCUUUAUGAAAUGGUAGCUAGUAGGGACAGUUUAGAGAGUAGAGGAAACCUUUCUGUAAAAAAGAGUCAUGAACUCUUAAAAGACAAGGGCUUCAAUAUUAUUGGUUUCAUUCAGAGAAAGAUGGCUAGACUUCUUAUGCUUGGUUUCCAAUUAGAUUGUCUUGAUUACCAGUCCAAGAACUGGUAUCAUGCGGAUCUUGACUUUGAAACCUUUAAGUUACUUCAGCAUCAGAAAGGUGAGAAUUUCUUCACAUUUGCCAGUGAUAUGACAGCUACGUCUACAGAAGCCAUUGAGCAAUCUGCAUCAGUACCAGUUGAUCUUGGAGAAUGGAGACCCAAACUUCUGUGGGCUUCACGUGUGCUACCUAUGCCUCUUAUUGGACUUGUCAUCAUUGAAGGAAUCUGUGCAGAUAUGCUAAGCCAGGCAUCACAGUAUCCAGAGUUAGAAGCACUGUCAAGGCUUGAUUUUGGUGCUGCAGUGAAACUGUUUCUUGCGAAGCGUAUAACAUCUGAGUUCACACAAGUGACAACUGAUGUGGAGGCAAAAUCCGUCAUCAUCGGAGAGAGAAACAGGGCUGCAACAGAAGCACUUCGAAGCGCGAUUGGCGAGGGCCACAACAAGAUAGCCAUCCUUUAUGGGAGUGGGCACAUGCCAGACUUGGGUCGACGACUACGCGAAGAGUUUGACCUCUUCCCCUCUCAGGUACAGUGGUUUACAGCUUGGUCUAUUGGCGCCAGCAACGUAUCUAACAGUUCUCUUCCCUUUUUGACAACUGUAGCUGAUACGUUGGGGUGGCCGUUGAACCGAUACCAAACAGUAGCACUGCUACUGUUUUCAUCGGUCCUUGCUUUUGAUCUUUGUUUAUGGGAACUGUUUUUUGGAACCACAGCUAACUUGUUUACACAAGUUGCCUCCGACAUUUUCCAAUGCAUUGGCAAGUCAUGAUAAUAUUGAUCUUUGUAAAACCCGCAGGCGUUUCUAGCAGAACUUGUAUAAAUGUACAUAUGUUUUCAUAUUUCAUGAUGAUUGUGUUCUAGAACUUUGUCAUUUAAUCACGCAAUCACGUCCCAUCAAUGGAGCCCUGUUUCUAACCUUAUUUUUAUCCUACCAGAGUCAAGUUUGAACAAAACAAUCUAUGUUCC